AUGAGCCAGGGACAGAGACUUGACGGGCGCCCUGCAGGAGCCAGUACCUCUUCCGAACUAGCCACCCGGAGGAAAAACUCGUUACUUGAACUGCAAUCGACGCUUCCGAAACUGCGACAAGUCUUGAUAAAGCUGCGUGAUUCGGUGGGAGAACCUCAGUUGUUGCUCAAGCUUGUGGAAGAGAAUCAACCGGCGCUUGUCGAAAGUUGGGAUCAAAUUAAACGUGCAUGCUCUACCCUUUUUCUAAAUGGACAACUGCCCACACCAUACGAACCAGAUGACGAACACACCCCCCCACAAUACAAACCAAAUGACCAACACACCAACGAACUCAAACCCUACCGAAUUGCGAAGGUGCACGGCGGCAUGAUGGGACUUAUGAGAUUGGUAGUUGACAUCAUUCCCGCCUGUCAUAGGUACUACGCGGUUACUCAGCAUCGGAAGGACCCGGCCGAAGAUUCCGAAUUCAGGGAAAAAUUGAGAAUUUCCAAGAAUGACGUGGUUCAGUACACGUCUUAUCCCGUGACUUCAAUUGAUUUCAUCGAUGCAUCGAUCGUGAAAUAG